CCGGCUAGUUAAACUUCCUAAAUGAGCAUGGCGACGAACGUGUUAAAUCUACACAGAAUUGAAAUAACAAUUUUGAAUUUACACAUUGUUCAUUAAAUCUUAUCCACAAUUAGGUAUCUAUAUUUCCCAGUGUGUUUUAUACUGAGAUAGAGAGCGAAAAAAACAAGUGGCAACUCUGUUGAAAAGGCUUUUUCAUCGUCAUGAAUGACGUUUGAAAAAUGUUGAUCCUUUUUUUCUUAAAACACACGAGGGGGUUUCUUUGAUGUUUAAUUCGCUAUCCUCGUGGUGAUUACUAUCAAUUUUCCUAUGUACAUAAAUAUAAUUCGUAGAUAACACUUGUGAAGGUGAACAGUUCGGGUUUAUUGUCCUCUAAAUGGAUCUGGAUAAACUGGAACUGGCUGAGCUGGAAGAACGUCUCUACUCCAGCAUUCAUCAUGGGUCCAGCUCGACGACGGAACCUGCAAGAUCGGUAGAUACAGGGAACACUAAUAAUAGCAGAAAUACUGCUCCGAUUCGAGUUGUUACGAAUAAAUCGGUAAUCAAUGAUGCCCGUUCGCAUCCUUCAAAAACUAAACGUUACUGGAGUUCGAUACCCCAAAACACAAAACUUUCUUACCCAGCGCUUCACAGUAAAGCCAAUGUAACCAAUAAUCCUGGGCCCACUGGGGGAGUGGAAAGUAGGAAGAGUAACAGUGGAGAUUGUUCGUCUAAAAAACAAAAAUUUACACCGUAUCAAUCAAUUUUGGGGUCAUUGAACAUUAGUACUGAGUCAGUUGAAAAACAAACGAUGUUCCAAGAUGCAAAUGCUGGAGGAGAAAGGGCAAGAAAGAAAAAAAGUAAACAUAAAGAUGAAAGGAAAAAUUCCAAGAGUCGGAAGGCAGAGCAACUUCAAAAAGUUAGAGCCAAAAAAAGUAAAGCGACAAAGAGUCGCCAAAAAGGGUCAACUUCUGAACAAAGACUUGUGGCAACGAUUGAUUUAGAAUCUUCCUCAGAGGAAGAAGGAGAACAUCGUUCGCCAGAGUUGGAGCAAGAGAGCAAAGAGGGCAUUAUAGAGAAAGAAGAGCUGCAGGAUUCGGAUCCCGAUGAGGUGGUAUUGAUUCCCAAUGCACCUCCACCGUUGGUUUGCAUAGAGAGUACAGAUGAAGAAAUGUCCAAGGAUGGAUUCACUCAUCCAAAGUCGAGGAAGAAAAACCUCAAAAAAGUUAACAAUGCUCCUCGUUGUAUGAGCCCUUCCAAUAGUUCUAUUAUGUCUGAUGAUUUCAUUGGCCAAACUGAUCGUUCUCGCUUGAAUGAUAGCUUCGUUGAGGGCAUCGGAAAUGAUGACGAGCUACAUUGUGUUGAUGAGCACACAGUUGGUUCAGCUUUGUCCAGCGAUGUUCGGAAAUCGAAACCUAUUGCUCGUGAAUCUCGAGCUCCCUCUAUUUCAUCUGAUGGAACAGUGGCCACGAGCAGUGACACAACUGAUCAAGACAAGAGAAAUAGUUUUCAAGGGGCGACCAGUGUGUGUUCGACGCCCAAACAAACACUGCCCGUGAAAAAGUCUGUUUGUGCCACCAAAACUCCUAAACAAAUUGAGAAUGACAGCAAAUACGAAGCUACACCAAGUAGAAAAUCUACGGUCACAAUCGACAAUGAACAGCUCAGUGAAACUUCGAGCAACGAAAGCGACGGUGGCAACGUAUCUUCCCACUCUAAACGAUCUAAAUCAUACCAUUCAGACUCUAGCAGCAAAUGUUCUAAAAAAAGAAAAUCGAAACGCCGUAAGCAGGAUUCGGAACAUUAUUCCGAUGAAGAUUUCGCCUCUAUGCUGACAGAUAUCGUUCAAGCCAUAUCUGAAAACGAGGAGGAAAAUUCGACGGAUGAAGCUCAAGAAAUACCUCAGCCUUCCCUAAAUGGAACCGAUAAUUUCAACGAUUUUUACCAAGUUAGUUCUUGUCCAAGAAUUAUGGCAUUUGAUACACCGGAACCUCAGCCAUCUUCAUCUCGAGCACGAAUAGAACCUAUUCCGAUGGCUGCUUUAAUAGAAGAAGAUAGCGAUGACGGUGCUGUUAUUCACGUAGAUAACAAAUCACCUCCUACGAUUAACCUGGCCGAUGAUGAAGACACACAAGAACAAUCUUCAAUGGAAUUGCAGCAUCAACAAGAAGCGCCACCACCACCGAUCAUUACAGCACCGCCAAUCCGAAUCGAAAUCCAAGAGAACUCACCGGUUCCAGUUCGUCCGGAAUGGCUGCAGCAACGUAACAAUGCCGAUCCCGAGCACUGCUGGAACGAUGAAAUGCGCAAGUUCUACAACGAUGUAUGGGAUUGCGAAGACUUUAACGUGUCCACCGUGUUGUUCAAUAUGCCACGUGCCAACAAGUACUGGCCAAUCGUACACAAAGACAAAUAUCCGGAUCCACCGAAGAAGGAAAUCAUCUGCAACAACUGUGGUGAACGGGGCCACAUGCGUUACAAGUGCCGCCGCCCACCGAAACCUAAAACCUGCUACAUGUGUGGCUUGGAGGGACACCAGGAAGCGCGCUGCCCGAACACGUUGUGCCUUAGGUGCGGUGAGAAAACGAAAAACUUUCUUCGCGGCUGUCAGUCUUGUGCCCGGGAGCAGCACAUGACUUGCCAUCUGUGUGGCAUUCGUGGCCAUGGGCAACGGAAUUGUCCGGAUCGUUGGAGACGCUAUCACUCGACGAUCGAGGACAACAAGCCAUUGACGAAGUCGUUUGAUCGUAACAUGAACUCGCGCCACUGUUGUAUCUGUUCACGACCUGGCCACGUGGCGCACAACUGCAAUGCGGCCAUCAAAAUUUUCGGCCAGUGUGUACCGACUACUGAAAUUCGUGAUUACACCCCGAUUUAUCCACACCUGCCCGUUCAAAACCGACCACAGAACAAUGGACCCCGGUUUAAUAUGUUCGACGAUACAACCGACUUUCGUUUGAACUUUGAUAAUUCCCUCACGUUGGAUGAGAGAACAUUUUACAAUCGUUUCAUCAAAUCGGUGGGACUGUUAGACAAAAAGAAAAGGCAAAGCGAAAAAGUUGCCAAAAAGCAGCGAAAAAAUCUUGCUCACGCCUCGAAUACCGAAACAUGCGACUUAACAUCACCGAACCUUACUGUCGUCCUUCAGAAUCAGUGUAAAAACGUAUCUCUAUAACCGCUUGAAAACAACCACGCGUCGCUUGGCAAACUUUCACUCGGAAUGGAUUCAAAUUAUAGCUUUUCUGAAUUUUUCGAAGACAAAUCUAUUGCGUUACCUCGACCUACGGAUCCCGCACCUGAUUUUAUUUCUAUAAAUCCACCAAUCAAUUUAGAGAAGACUCCGGUUACAACUGAUGCUCCCACUGUAGAAAAUCCCACAUCUGAAGCAAAGAUAUUUCUCACCAAACCUCAUGCCAAAAUUCUACUAGGACCAAGUGGUGCUGCGUUCCUCAAAGAGGCUGCGGUCACAUUUACUCUAAAAUUAAGCAUAUCUUUUCUGCCGGUCGGAAAUGUCCUGCUGGCAAAUGGGUCGUCCGAAGAUCAAGACAGCUUCCAUAAUGAGUUGGUAAAAUUUUUGAAUGAUGCAUCUCAUCGCAACGAGCAGAUGAAAGAGUACAAUAACGUGCCUAAAGCAACCGGAAAAGUUAUCAGUUUUAUCAUCGGCCACUUGCGUUUGCUCACCCGGAGCUUCGGUGGAGUGAAGGAUACAUUCAAGCGUUAUUUGCAUUUUGAAAAUAUUGGUUCUAACUCCAAAACUUGCGAUAAAAUUAGAAGAAAUCUGAACAUUAUUUUAUUCGGACAGUUCGGCUUACGCGAGGGUCGCGAACACUUGGAAAAAUUGAUGGUCAAUCUGAAAACUUUACAAAACAGCCAAAACCAAAGUAUAUCAUUAGCAUUUCGAGAUGAAAUCAAUGAGCACAUCCGAUAUAUCUUUACUGCGUAUGACCAUUCGGAUUACCUUGCUAUUGUUAAGGAGUACGAGGAACUUAAAAGGAACCAACAAAUUUCCAAAAUUACUGAAGCAGAACUGGCAUUACCACCAAUUUCCGGGAACAGCGACAACAAUACAUCGACGGAACCCACAGACAAUUCGUUUAAUGUUUCCAAAGACCUAACAUUUGAAGAUCACGACAAUUCAACCGAAGAAAUCCCUGGCGAAGAUUUGAUUCUUAACACUUCUGAUCAAUUAAUCGAGAAACCCAACAGCAGCCAAAUCGAUGACUCACCCAGCAAAGAUUUUAAGGACAGCGCUGCAAGUAGCACCCCAAACUCAUCCUUCAAGUCGCGACAGAACUCUCAUCGACACAAAACCGAUACUCUACUGAAUGAAUGUAGGCAGAUGGUUCGAGUGUUGAACAAUCCGUUCAUUACGAGCAAAUUCGAAAGGAUUGCUCACCAAGCCCAACGCGAAGGUAACAUAUCUAAGGCUAACUGGAAAACGCUCAUGGGAAUUCAUGCCAUAUUGAAAAACAAAUUGCAGAGUAAGUUUCGCCGUGAAAAUUUUUCCAAACGCGGUGUCAUGUUUGGUGGUAACAAAACGUUCUAAACGUACCUACACGAUGUUUGCAAUAGAAAUUUCUAACGUCGAUAUGCGUUAUUCAAUAAAUUAUAAAUAUUUUUUA